UACUAUCAUUUAAUUAUGGAUAUCUUUCAGAUGAUGGAAAUUAAUAAAAAUGAUGGAGAACAAAAAGAAAGGCAGGAAAUCAACAAACAUUCUCAAGAAAAUGUUGUUUUAGAAGAACUAUCAAGUUUAUCGUUCCAAAAUCUUCCUGAUCCUGCAAUUGAAUGCAUUUUUAAGCAUCUAGUGAGAGGAAGACUGUUUACCGAACUCAAGGUUCUGGGAUUGUUUAAUUACCGUGCUGAAGAGCUCCUGGAGAAGAAGAAGAUCUGGAGAGUGGACGGACGGAUAAACCUGAACAAAUAUGAAAGGUUGGAACGGAUAAAGAAGUUUUCUGACUCUGUACCCAGUAUUGAAGAGGUAGAUGUAUACUAUCCUAAGACUGGAGAUCUACUCUAUCUGGUGAAAAACCACCCGGAGAUAAAAACCCUGAGGGUUUAUGAUGUUGAAAUAGAAUUAGAGGAGAUGGAGAGAAUACUAUCCCUGCCCUCCCUGGUCGACCUAGAGUUGUAUGGUUGUGAUUUAGAUACUUCUAUUCCUCUCCACCUUGUUACAUCUAUUCAACUCAGGAAGUUACGAACUCCAAGGUGCAGUUUAAACCUAAGAAAUGCCGCUGAGGUUAUCAAGAAACAAGAUUGUUUGGUUGAGUUAGAUCUAGAAUCAACGUAUGCUACCAACCAUACCGUUUCACAGAUAUCUUAUGGAAUUUAUCAACUUAAAUACCUUAAUCUCAGUCAAAAUUCAGAAGUAUCAAAUAGGGGUAUUGAAGACUUAUCUAGGAGCAGGUUUAGCUUUUCCCUGAGAACAUUAAAUCUCUCCGCAACCAAUAUAACACUGGAGUCUCUUAAACUCAUUCUCAGUGGAUUCUCUAGUCUAGAGAACCUUGAUGUCUCCAGGAACCCGAGACAAAGAGAAUCUAGGUUGGAGUUAAAUCAGAAAAAUACAGCUUUAAGAUCGUUGAAUAUAUCUGGGUGUUCUCUCAUCUCCGAAGAUGUUCAAGAUAUUCUUCAAUCUUGUCCAAACCUAAAAGUGUUAAACCUCAGUAACAACAGAAACAUAGUGGAUAAUUCUUUCCAGAUCUUCAACCAAAGGUUUGCCAAUAUGGAAGCUUUAAACCUUAACGGAGUUGAUAUCUCCGACAAACUGUUCUCCUCUUUCUUAUUUCUUCUAUUCCCCAACCUUACUGAGCUAAACCUUGAUAACACCAAGAUUACAGACGAAGGACUGGAAACUAUUACUAGAAAGGUUCCUAAGCUGAAAAGACUGAGUGUUGUUUCUCUCUGUAUUACAGAUAAAGGUCUUCAAGUCCUGAGUGCUUGCACAUACCUGGAGAGGAUCGAGUGUAGGCGACUUAUGUCAUCGGAGACAAAAACCUUACUCCGGGAGCACUGUUCUCCCAACCUAGAGAUUUCAUUUGGAUAAAGGUUUUCUGAACGGCCUUGAUCCAGGCUAGCUCUUCUACCAACCUUAAGAUUUCCUCAUUUUCCCCAUUUUCCCUCCUUUUUCCUGCAUUUUCAUCCUCUUCCACAGUUUUUCUCCUUUUUCCCAUUUUCCUUCUUUUUCCUCCUUUAAAGGGCUACAACGUGCAUGUGUAAUUAUUCACUUUCAUGAAAAUUGUCGUUAUUUGAUGUUUAAAGAUUUUACCAUAGAUAAAAAUAGAAGAAAACCACAAUGGAGAUAAAUAAUUUGCAGGGCAAAGAGGAGAAAAGAGUUAAAAGAGGAAGAGAGGAGACGGAUACAUGAUAGAAAUUGAUACAGAGAGUAAGAAAGGAGGCGGAUACAGGAUAGAAAUUGAUACAGAGAGUAAGAGAGGAGAGACGGAUAAAUGAUAGAAAUUGAUACAGAGAGGAAGAGAGGAGACGGAUACAGGAUAGAAAUUAAUACAGAGCGUAAGAGAGAAGACGGAUACCGGAUAGAAAUUGAUACAGAGAGGAAGAGAAGAGACUGAUACAGGAUAGAAAUUGAUACAAAGAGUAAGAGAGGAGACAUUUAUUGGAUAGAAAUUGAUACAGAGAGGAAGAGAGGAGACGGAUACUGGAUAGAAAUUGAUACAAAGAGUAAGAGAAGAGACAGAUAUAGGAUAGAAAUUGAUACAGAGAGGAAGAGAGGAGACGGAUACAGCAUAGAAAUUAAUACAGAGAGUAAGAGAGGAGACGGAUACAGGAUAGAAAUUGAUACAGAGAGUAAGAGAGGAGACGGAUACAGGAUAGAAAUUGAACAGAGAGGAAGAGAAGAGACAGAUAUAGGAUAGAAAUUGAUACAGAGAGGAAGAGAGGAGACGGAUACAGGAUAGAAAUUGAUACAGGAUAGAAAUUGAUACAGAGAGGAAGAGAGGAGACGGAUACAGGAUAGAAAUUAAUACAGAGAGUAAGAGAGGAGACGGAUACAGGAUAGAAAUUGAUACAGAGAGUAAGAGAGGAGACGGAUAAAGGAUAGAAAGUGAUACAGAGAGGAAGAGAGGAGACGGAUACAGGAUAAAAAUUGAUACAGAGAGUAAGAGAGGAGACGGAUAAAGGAUAGAAAGUGAUACAGAGAGUAAGAGAGGAGACGGAUACAGGAAAGAAAUUGAUACAGAGAGGAUCAGAGGAGACGGAUACAGGAUAGAAAUUGAUACGGAGGAAGAGUGAAGAUAAAGCAUGAUAAGGAUACAGAUUAAAAAGUGUAUCUUAUCUUGAAUCUGCGGCAGAAGCUCGAAGUUUAGAAAAACAACAUCAUUUACAAUAAAUAUUUCGUCUGACUUGAGUUCAGAGAAAAACAUUGAAAUAAAUGUUAUUUUAAAGAUUAAA